AUGACCACCAGCAAGAGUCUCCACAUCAACACUCCUCUGAGAGAAAGCAUCCCCCUCUCCAAAGUGGCUGGCACCAAGGUGUACUUGAAGCUGGACAAUGCUCAGCCCACCGGCUCUUUUAAGAUACGGGGCAUUGGACAUUUCUGUAAAACGUGGGCUGAACAGGGCUGCAAGCACUUUGUGUGCUCCUCAGGGGGAAACGCCGGCCUCGCAGCUGCUUACGCUGCCAGAAGGCUGGGCAUCCCAGCUACCAUCCUCGUCCCCACUUCCACACCGGCCUUCACCAUAGAGCGUCUGAAAGACGAGGGGAGCACAGUGUGCAUUGGGGGAGAGAUUUUGGAUGAGAGCAUCGAACAAGCCAAGGAGCUUGUGAAGAACAACCCAGGAUGGGUCUACGUGCCCCCCUUUGAUGACCCUCUCAUCUGGGAAGGGCACACGUCCCUGGUCAAAGAGUUAAAGGAACAGAUGGAAUCCAAGCCUGGAGCGCUGGCUCUCUCGGUAGGAGGAGGAGGGAUGCUGUGUGGGGUGAUCCGGGGCCUCCGUGAGGUGGGCUGGGCCAAUGUGCCCAUUAUUGCCCUGGAAACCAAAGGAGCCCACAGCCUGAAUGCUGCCAUGACAUCUGGGAAGCUGGUGACACUUCCAGAAAUUACUAGUGUUGCUAAAACCCUUGGGGCAAAGACUGUGGGAGCAGAGGCUCUGAAACUGGCUCAAGAGUAUCCUGUCUUUUCAGAGGUCGUCACAGAUCAGGAGGCAGUGAUGGCUGUUGAGAAGUUUGUGGACGAUGAGAAAAUCCUAGUGGAACCUGCAUGUGGGGCAGCCUUGACAGCUGUCUACAAUGGGGUAGCCCAGAGGCUGAAAGACGAGGGCAAGCUCAGCCCCCAGCCGGACUCCUUGGUGGUUAUUGUGUGCGGUGGCAACAAUAUCACGUUGGCACAGUUGCAGCGCCUGAAGGAGCAGCUGGGCAUCCAGAACAUCAUGGCUGCUUAG